CACCUACGUUUUUCUCUGUCAACAGCCUGGAGAAGUUGGGAGAUUAGAAAGGUGUCUGAAAACAGCAGAAAUCUAAGCCUUUGUGGAUAUACGUAGCAUUUUUCUCUUGCAUUCUGGAAUAAAAUGGACAAAAUCAAAAAUCAUGGUUGUUAAUUCAGUUCAUUGGUUUCGUAAAGGGCUACGACUUCAUGAUAAUCCGGCUUUACAGGAAGCUUUGAAUGGUGCGGAUACUGUGCGCUGUGUUUAUAUUUUGGACCCAUGGUUUGCGGGGUCUGCUAACGUCAGAGUAAACCGAUGGAGGUUUCUGCUAGAGUCCCUGAAGGACCUGGACUCCAGUCUUAGGAAGCUGAACUCCAGGCUGUUCGUGGUGCGUGGUCAACCCACAGAUGUGUUUCCGCGCCUCUUCAAGGAGUGGAACGUGACCCGCCUGACCUUCGAGUAUGACUCUGAGCCAUAUGGGAAGGAGCGAGAUGGGACCAUCAUCAAGAUGGCACACGAGUUUGGAGUGGAGACCAUGGUCAGGAACUCUCAUACCCUCUACAACCUGGAUAGGAUCAUUGAGAUGAACAACAACAACCCCCCCCUGACCUUCAAGAGGUUCCAGGCCAUAGUGAACCGCCUGGAGCUGCCCAAGAGGCCGCUGUCCUCCAUCACUCCAGAGCAGAUGGACAGCUGCAGGACCAGAAUCGCUGAGAACCAUGACGAGCACUACAGUGUUCCCUCCCUGGAGGAACUGGGGUUCAAGACUGAGGGCCUGAGCCCAGCUGUGUGGAGAGGUGGGGAGUCGGAGGCCCUGGACAGACUCAACAAACACUUAGACAGAAAGGCCUGGGUGGCGAAUUUCGAGCGUCCUCGGAUAAGUGGGUGUGCGCUGUUUGCCAGUCCCACGGGCCUCAGCCCCUACUUGCGCUUUGGCUGCCUCUCUUGCAGAGUCUUCUACUACAACCUGAGGGAGCUGUACCUGAAGCUCAGGAAACAGUGCAGUCCUCCUCUCUCCCUGUAUGGUCAGCUGCUGUGGAGAGAGUUCUUCUACACGGCAGCUACCAAUAACCCAAACUUUGACCGCAUGGAGGGUAACCCCAUCUGCGUGCAGAUCCCCUGGGACCACAACCCAGAGGCGCUGGCCAAGUGGGCUGAGGGCCGGACGGGCUUCCCCUGGAUUGAUGCCAUCAUGACCCAGCUGAGGCAGGAAGGCUGGAUCCACCACCUAGCUCGGCACGCCGUGGCCUGCUUCCUGACCCGGGGAGACCUCUGGAUCAGCUGGGAGAGUGGCAUGAGGGUGUUUGAGGAGCUGCUGCUGGAUGCCGACUGGAGUGUGAACGCAGGCAGCUGGAUGUGGCUCUCCUGUAGCUCUUUCUUCCAGCAGUUCUUCCACUGCUACUGCCCCGUCGGCUUCGGCCGGCGCACUGACCCCAGUGGAGACUUCAUCCGGCGCUACAUCCCCAAACUGAAGGACUACCCCAACCGCUACAUCUACGAGCCCUGGAACGCCCCUGAGUCUGUGCAGAAGGCAGCGGGGUGCGUGGUGGGGGUGGACUACCCCAGGCCUAUGGUGAACCACGCCGAGGGCAGCCGGCUCAACAUAGAGAGGAUGAAGCAGGUCUACCAGCAGCUGUCCCACUACAGAGGACUCAGCCUGCUUGCCUCUGUGCCCACCAUCCAGGAGGAGGCGGAGCCUCCAUUGACUGAUGACUCACAGGCCAGCAGCAGCACCUGUGACUCCCCCCAGCCCAGUACCUCAGGCACAGCCCCCCCCUCGCUGAGGAAGAGAGGGUCGCAGACAGAGCAGCAUAGGCAAAGUCUGAAGGUCCAGCACACCAACCCUGUUAGAGCAGGGGAGGAGGAGGAAAUGGGGACGGAGGACAAAGGAGACGAGAGUAGGAUGGAGGAGGAGGGGCAGCCAACAGAGGAACAAACUAUCACACUGCAGUAACCAAUGACAAAAGGAGGUGCUACUACAGAGAAGAGACCAGCUCACCUCUCCUGCCUGGGACAAUUAAACACACACACAUGCAGUCAAACACAGACACAUCCCAGUUUCUUUUUCUAAUUGUAUUUUUUAUCAAUCAGAAGUGUAGAAAAAAAUGCUGCAUUGCCAAACUCAUGUCCAUAGCUAGGUUUCACUGACUACGUUUACAUGCAGCCUCCUAUCCUGUCAUAAUCUGAAGAGGCCAUUCUGAAUAAACACCUAAUUCAGAAUAAAGCCGUUCUGUAUCAGAUAAACGUGAUAAUUUGUUUUAUAUGAAAAUAUUAGAUAUAUAAUAGCUUUUUCAGGUUACAUUAUUCAUGGGAAUGAGCUGACACUUAGUGCAUAAUGCUUCUCCUUGUGAAGGGUCAGUGUGUCAUUCAAAGUUCUGCUUCCAUUCUGCAUCUGUCAGUUCCAACUCAGCUCAACAAUUUUCCACUUAUUUACUCCAUGCCAUGACCAGGGGCCUGUACUACGAAUC